AUGAGUGGUUGUGAGCUUUUCUUAUCAGACGCUGGCUUGCUUGAUGCUGAAGCUUAUGAUAAAUAUCAGAGGGAAGAAGAACCAGAUGUUGAUCAAAAGACAGUCACUCGCACGACACCAACCGCAGGGCCCUCGACCGCAAUACAAGUGCCGCAACUGUUACCAAAAUUAGCUGAAAGGGAAUGCGAGAUUGAGGUAACCGCAGUAAAGGAACAGAUCUGGUGUCUAAGACAAGAAGCCCAAGAAGAGGACGUGUCCGCCGCCGCAGUCACCAGAGAAGUCGCCACCGCCUCGUCCAUCGACAUCCACGACCUUCGCCGGACCAAUCGACGGCGCCACCGACCUCUGUUGGACCCCAGCUUGACCACUGCACACACCAGGUCUCAACCCAGCCGAAGUCGCAGUCCGUCGCCGCCGUCUUCCCGACCCAUCCCGUCGCCGUCUUCUCAGCGGCGGAGAGUAUGUACAGUGCACUGA